UCUGACGUCGAAGUGAUCAGUUUCAUUUUCUUCUCAAAGAUUUUUUUGCAAGUAAAUUUAAAGAAAUGAAAAUAACAUUCACCAAGCCUGAUGAAGAGAUCUCCAAGAGAAUUAAUAGCCUCUUUCCAAUAUCCGAUUGUUUUAUCAAAGUUAGUCCGGGAAAUGUGAUGCUGCCAAGGAAAUAUGAAAAAAUUGCUGAAUCUAUAAGAAAUUUAACAGUCUAUGAGGAUGAUAUUUGGUUGGUGUCUUAUCCAAGAACUGGUUCAACAUGGGCUCAGGAAAUGAUAUGGCUAUUGGCUAAUAAACUUGAUUUCAAAGGAGCUAAAGAGAUGCUGCAAACAAGAUGUCCGUUAAUUGAACUUACAGCCUUAUAUGACGAAGAUCACAAUGUUUGGGUUAACUCCGCAAUUGGAAAUACAGUAGAAUUGGUUGAAAAAAUGCCUCGUCCAAGAUUGGUACGAUCACAUUUACCAUGGGAUCUGCUUCCCAAAGAUCUAGAAAAAGUCUGCCCAAAAAUAAUUUACACAGCUCGGAAUCCAAAGGAUCUUUGUGUUUCCUUCUUUUACUACUGCAAGCUAGUUCAUGGUUUGAAAGGAACUUUUGAUGAUUUUUGUGAACUUUUCCUCAGAGGUUCUACUCCCAUUGGACCGUAUUUGAGUCAUGUUAUUCCAUUUUGGCAAAGACGUAACGAGUCAAAUGUUUUAUUCCUCAAAUACGAAGAUAUGAAUCACGAUAUCAAUGCCAUUAUAAAGAAUUGUGCAGAGUUCUUAGAAGUUGAUUUCAAGAUGUCCGAUGAGGAUUUGGAAAAGAUCUGUGAACAUUUGAAAUUUGAUAAAAUGCAAUCAAAUCCAGCUGUAAACUUGGAAUACAUGAAUAUUGAAGGUUUGGAUAAGGAAAAUAAUUCAAAUGCUAAAUUCAUUCGUAAGGGAAAAAUUGGUGAUUGGAAAAAUUUAUUUUCAUCACAAAUGUCUGAAAGAUUUGAUCGAUGGACUGAGGAAGAAUUGAAAGGAACUGACUUAAAAUUCGAAUAUGAAUAG